ACAAAGCUCAAGGCUUGUCACAUGAGAACCGAAAUGAGAGGAUAGAAAAACUCUCUACGAAAGUGUCUUUUUGAAGCUUUUAAACCAGAUAUGCCUUACGUUGCGAGCUCCAAUUUAGGAUACUACUCUGUAGUGUACUCUUUGACCCUUUUCCUGUUGAUUUGUGUCGGGUUGUAUUACAAUCUCUCUGGUCUUGGAAGAAGAUUUGAUAUAGGAUGGUUCUUGGAUAAAACUUCCCCAUUUAUGUGGGGAUCUUUUGGCAUAGGACUAGCUAUAUCUCUGUCUGUCGUUGGUGCUGCAUGGGGAAUUCUCAUCACAGGUGCCAGUAUUUGUGGAGGAGGUGUAAAGGCACCGAGAAUUAAAACAAAAAAUCUUAUCAGUAUAAUCUUCUGUGAAGCUGUUGCAAUUUAUGGAAUCAUCAUGUCCAUUGUUCUUAGCAACUUUGUGGCGAAUGUUGAUGUGGAUUCUCUCACAAAAGCUGAGGAAAUCAGACAUGUCCACAAUUCAGGCUUCAUGCUGUUUGGUGCUGGUUUGACAGUUGGAUUUUCAAACCUCUUCUGUGGUAUUUGUGUGGGAAUAGUUGGAAGCGGUGCAGCUCUGGCUGAUGCCCAGAAUCCAUCUUUGUUUGUCAAGGUUUUGAUUGUGGAGAUCUUUGGAAGUGCUAUUGGAUUGUUUGGUGUUAUCAUAGCCAUUAUACAGUCCAGUAAAGCACAGAUGGCUAUCAAAUCAUCAGAGUGAUGUGUACAAACACUUCUGUUUUGUGCCAGGAAUUACAGUAGUUGUCAGAUAAUAAAUUUUUGAUGUAUAGUCUUCAAGAAUUGCAGUCAUUGUAGAAUUGAUGGUAUAAAUCUGACUGUCUGCCCUAUUGCUGUGAAAUAUUAAUUAUUUACUUAUGAUUAUUGUUAGAAACGAAUUUCCUACACACCAAUAAUUUUCAUGUGAAUGGAUAUGCUGUUACACUGUAUGACCGGCCAAACAAAAUGGCUGUGUUUGUUUGCUUCACGUCACGAAAUAAUAAUUU